UGUCGAAUGUUUGAAUCGCUCCUUUCGGGAUAUUUGGCGUUUGUUGAACGGAAACCGGUGUUAGCAGUUAAAAUACCUGUUAGUGCGACAGUCAGUCAUAACGAAUCUGCUUGGCAUAGGGACAAAGUCCAGUCCUUAGAUUAAAUGCUUCUCUUAGAUUAAAUGCUGUUCUAACAGGAUUAUGUUGGGGAGAGGAGGCCAGAGCCCUGGAAGCCUUAACUGGGAUGAUAGCGCCAUCUACUGGCAUCGCUGGGAAAUGACGCCGGGCAACGAGUGUCUUGGCAAGGGUGAAGUCUUCAGAAUUGCAGUUCUUUCUGAAGAAAGUGUGCAUGAGACCGGACAGGAGGAAUAAGUUAAGGGGCAGGAACAGCAAGCAGCAGGCAGGCGGCACCUCGGCAGUGUGGUGCACAAAGGCGCAGCAUCUUGGGUGGGCGAACGACAACCUUGUGGGUGUCGUUGGAGGACAGUUCCCUCCCCCACCUCACCACCUCGUACUCGCGGAUCCUAUCUUCUUUUGUCCCACUUUUCUGUUCUCUGCUGUCUCCAAAUUCCGAGAGGACCUUCUGGUUUCUCCUUUUUUUUUUGUAUGUAAGGAAACCAGGGCCGGGAAAAUCUCGCUGAUUCACCACAUUUGGAGGCCAAUCCCGAACAGCUGGAGGAACAGCGUGCCUCCCGAGGGACCCAGGACCAGCCCCAUAACAGCUGUUCCUCACGUGACAGUCACCCCAGGAGCCAGCUGCAGUAAUGGGGUACAGCUGUGAAUGGCUUCUUGAGAUGCGUGCUCCCGCCCUGGAGCAGACGAAAGUUUCAUGGAACAGAAAAUCUCGAACCAGCCCCUCCCCACCCCUACUUCCCAGUCCAAGAAGAGAAGAACACCACUGCUAUCCUUCCUUUCCAAGGUCUCUUGGAAACUGAGGUUGCAGAAGCGGGAGCUUUUGAAGAAUGCACUUUUCGUCUUGGCAGAAAGAGCCCGGGAUCCUAAUGCUAAAAAGCGCCAUCUAGCAAUGAGAGGCCUGGGUGCCCUGGCCCGUGAAGCUCCUGACAAGCAGGUGAGAAAGUAUAAGAAAGUUAUGCUUGACCUCCUGGUUCGUGGGCUGUAUGAUCCUGUGAGUUCUGAAGUUAUCCAUGAGAGUGUGAAGACUCUGACCAUCAUGCUGGGCAAGAUCCAGGGCCAUGGGCUGGGGUCCUUCUUCAUAGACAUCACCCUUCAGGCCCGGACCUUACUGGAUGAUGAGGACGACAGCGUGCGGUAUUCAGCUUUUGUCCUCUUUGGGCAGUUGGCCUCGUUUGCUGGGUGGAGGUGGAAGAAAUUUUUCACUCAGCAAGUUAACCAGACCCAAGAUUCGCUCUUAGGCCAUUUGCAGGAUGAAAGUCCUAAGGUUGCCAAGGCUUGCAAAAUGACUGUUCGAGCCUGUGUCCCGUAUCUGAAACCCAGAAAGGUGCCGAGUUUCCAAAGUGAAGAAGAUCAGAAGAACCACAGGCUUUCCCGGCAGCUGAGCCACUGCCAUCCAGAGAUCCUGCUGUUCUUCUAUGCGAAUAAAAUCCUGUAAAGUCCGGAGCAGCAGAGAAAGUGGCCCAUGUGAGUGCCCUGUCCAGGCAUGGUGCUUCCUCUGUUUGGUCUCAUAGGAUACCUUUUUGACUCUCAAGUGAUUGUUAUGGAAAAGAGGAUGUCAGAGAGCAACUGAGGGCAGAAAAGUCACCCCGGAAGUAUAUCUCUGCCCCUGAAGUAAAACUCUAUGCACUCGCGUGCACACAUAUAUGCACAUGGUUGUGGAGGUCACAUACUGUCCUUCAGUCACCAUCCACCUUUCCAUUGAAACAGGAUCUUUAACUGGCUUGGAGCUUGCUGAUUAGACUAGGUGUGGUGGCUGGCGAGCCAGCACUGGGAUUAUAACUAUACUCCAGUGAACCAGCUUUGGUUUAUUUUUUUAUUUUUUAUUUUUUUAAUAUGGGUUCUGAGAGCCGAAUUCAGGCCCCUCCACCUACUUGUACUGACUAGGCCAUCUCCCCAGCCCAAUAAAUGCACACGUCCUUAAAACAUUCAACAUGUUUGAUGUUCCAAAAGCUCCUUUCUCAGUUCCUCUCUGUCAGGUGACACACAUUUCUAAUACGUAAUUUCUGAGGCUUGGGAAAAUCAUUGUUACCUUAAGCAUUUAAAAAAUGUAUUUGUUUUUUUGGGGUUUUUUUUUUUUUGAUACUUUGCUAUUUGCUACCAACCAAGAUACCAAGAAGCUGGCUUACAACAUUGUCUUUUAAUAUCUGAUGAUCUUAAAAUGUCGUUGUCUGAAAAUCAUCUUUAAAAAGAAUGAGAAGAAAUGUUGCUGAAGCUCUACACCGUCUACAGGAUGAUGAUAACUUACAGAAUAAAAACUCUAACAUUUACUGAGAGUGCUUACAACUCAUGGGGUACUGUGGUGGUUCGAAUGAGCAUGGCCCUCUAGGCUCACAUAUUUGAAUGCUUGGUCCCUAGUUAGUGGAACUGUUUGAGAAGGAUUAGAGGGUGUGUCUUUGUUGGAGAAGGUAUUUCAGUAGAGUUGGAAUUAGAGACUUCAAAAGCCCAAGCAAGGCCCAGUCUCUCUCUCUCCCUCUCCCUCUCCCUCCCUCUCUCUCUCUCUCUCUCUCUCUCUCUCUUUCUCUCUCUCUCUCUCCCUGCCUAUUGCCUGCAGAUCAAGAUGUAAAGCUCUCAAUUAGUGCUUUAGCACCAUGCCUGCCUACUCCUGCCAUGAUGAUAAUGAAUUAACCUUCUAAAACUGUAAGCCAACCCCCAAUUAAAUGUUUCCUUUUAUAAGAGUUGCCUAGGUCAUGGUGUCUCUUUGGAGCAAUAGUGUAAGAUUGGCACUAAUAACUUUUUGAAGAUAACAUUAAUGCAACAACUGUAUGCAACAGGUGCUAUUAUUUAUUUAUUGGGAGUGAACAUGUGUCAUGAUGUGUGUGGAGAUUGGGUGACAACUUGAGAGGGUCAAUUCUCUCUUUCCACCAUGUGGGUUCCAGGGAUCCAACUCACGUGGUCAAACCUGGCAGCAAGCACCUUUAUGUGCUGAGCCAUCUUGCUGACCCCAGUGAUAGAUGCUAUUCUAGUUUUCUCUUCAUGGAGGAGAACGCAGAGGAAACCAAGUAACUCGCCCAAGAUGAAUAGUAGAACUUAAAUCCACACGAUCUGAGUUCUGGAACUGAAGCUCAAUAGUUCUAAUGGUAGAAUAAUUCUCCGUGGUUAAAUACGUGAAAAAUAAAACUAUGGACACCACCACCUGCUUCUGUUUUUCCACUCAACCAAGGUAACUUUUACUCUCGUCUGCACACACUAAUGCCAUAUAUUUAGGGUUCAUUUCUAAAAUUCACUAUGCAUCCAUUCCAAAUCUACACUGAAUUACUCGAACUCAAUAUAUACUCUUAUUAACAAUUUCUUGACAAAUGCACCCAUGUUUUGAUGGCCCAUCUUCGCUCAUCUGAAGGGUCUCAUCACUCAUAAGCAGUUUCAUCCAUGUGCAGUACAUGCCAUGUACAGCAGUGUAAUGUGCGUCCUUCUAGUUCUAGCUAUUGGGAGAAUAAAGUGGAAAAGUCACUUGAAGGCAUGAGUUCAAGACUAGCCUGGGUAUUAAUAUUGAGUCUCGGGCUGGAGAGAUGGCUCAGCGGUUAAGAGCAUUGACUGCUCUUCCAGAGGUCCUGAGUUCAAAUCCUAGCAACCACAUGGUGGCUCACAACCAUCUCUAAUGAGAUUGGAUGCCCUCUUCUGAUGUGUCUGAAGACAGCUACAGUAUACUUACAUAUAAUAAUAAAUAAAUCUUUUAAAAAUUUUUUUCAAGAAUAAAUUUCUUAGUCCUUCCUUCCCACCCACAAGCCUGUCCCCCAGGCUUUUCCUCAGAACCACAGCUCUGAAGCCCUCACUGUGCUCAGUCACCCCUGGAACACUGUGUUCAGUUUGGGAACUGGAAAAAUCAACAAGAACGGAGAACACAAGAGGUUGUCAAAACACUGAGGGAUCUGAAGAGCUCUUCUGAGAACUGAGAGACUCUGUCACCAAGAAAUGAGGAGAUGAGCCUGUUUAACAGUGUCCUGAGAGAGAAAGAAUGCAGUCAGAGAUGGUAGAAGUGAUAGCAGGAGGGGCUUCCUCCUCCCUCCAAUCCCAUAGCUGGUGACAGCAGGCCCUCCAAACAGUGACCGACACGAACAGCAGGUGCCAAGGGUCUGAAAUCAUGAGCUCUUUCCUUCCCCAGAUGCUGGCUUGCUAAAAGCUAGAUUGCCAGAUAGGUUUACAGUCUGGUUCAGAUCUGUUCAGUGGCCAGCAAGUGGCAUGAGAAACUGAAUUUGGAUGACAUUCAGAGACAGUGGAGAUAGGCUAGGGCCCGUGGGGUCGCACAAUCUGCAGUAGAGAAGACAUACAUUGUGGGUAAUGCCUUUAAGUUGCUAUUUGAUGUUGCUUUUCUAUGUGUUGCUUUUCUAUGAAACCCCCUCCUCAUAGCCAUGCCUUGUGUGCACUCUGCUGCUCUCUAAUCUAGGUUCCUAUUGCGACAUGGACAUGCUUUGCCCAUCAGGAUGUGGUGACAGUGCACUGGGCCCACUCUACAAUCCCUGACAGCCUCCUUUUCCAUUCUGGCAAGAGACCAGCCUCUGCAUAAGUCAAAACACCACAACCAAAGCAGCACGCCUGGGAUCACCUUGGGGGAGAGGUGGGAACCCAGCCCACAGCAGUGUCUGAAGCCCAGACUCAGGACUCAAGCCUAGGUGGACCACACAGACCCCAGUUCUUUGAGCUCUCCUGACUGACCCCCACAGGGAGACAAGGAGCUGUCUCUACCAGGCUCGUGCAUGUUGUAGAACUUAGAAGGAGGAAUGGAAUGGCCGACAGGUCCAGUCUUUCACUUUGGGGAUAGUUUGUCUCAGAGCAAGAAAGUCUUCUUGUUGUUCAUUUUGCCAUUUGGUUUGUUCUGUAACCCUCAACGUCAGAGGUGCUCAGAGAAUAAAUGCUGACCAGGGAAGAAAACGUCA